AUGACUUCUACUCACACUACCGAUAUGAAAAUUGACAUGCAGCCUCACGAGGUUGUCAAGGAGGAGUUAGGCACCGUCCUUGAUACCGUCAAUCAUGUCACACAAGCAGAACACGAGCUCGGUUUUUGGAAAGGUGUCAAGCUCUAUCCCAAGGCUGUCUUUUGGUCGGCCUUCUUCUGCAUCGCCGUCAUCAUGGCUGGUUUCGAUCCUCAACUCGUUUCUUCCUUCUACGCCCUGCCUGCUUUCCAGAGGAAAUACGGUCAGCUCUACCAGGGCGAGUACAUCAUUCCGGCACCUUGGCAGACAGGCCUGGGUAUGGGAAAUGCUGUUGGACAACUGGUCGGUGCUCUUGCAUGUGGCUGGCCGCUUGAGAAAUUCGGUCGCAAACGCACUUUAGCAGCAUGUUGCUGUUGGUCUAUCGCAUGGAUCUUCAUGCAGUUCUUCUCGAACAAUCUGACUAUCCUUUGUAUUGGCGAGAUCUUCGCUGGUUUGGGAUAUGGUUUCUACGUCGUCAUCGCACCCGUCUAUGCCUCUGACGUCUGUCCAUUGGCACUUCGAGGUGUGCUUACUGCAUCGGUCAACUUAGCAUUUGUGAUUGGACAAUUCAUUGCUCAAGGCACUGCUGCUGGCGUCGAAAGCAGAUCAGAUGCACUCGCGUACAAACUUCCGUUCGCGAUUCAAUGGAUCUGGCCUGUGGUCCUGUUGAUCGGUCUUUGCUUCGCUCCCGAGAGCCCUUACUGGCUGGUACGCCAGGGGCGUAGGGAUGAUGCAAAGCGCGCGCUCGAGAAGUUGACCAGCAACCGCGAUCGCCCUGAUCUUGACGCGAUGCUUGUCUUGAUCGAGGAGACAGACUUGCUCGAGCGUGAAUAUGAAGCAAGUACGACUUAUCUGGACUGUUUCAAAGGAACCAAUUUGAGGAGAACCGAGAUCUGUACUAUGGUAUACCUGAUUCAGGUGAUCGGCGGUAAUCCUCUCAUCGGCUAUGCAACAUAUUUCUUCGAGCAGGCUGGACUCGCUUCUGCCGAUGCCUUCAACAUGGGUGUUGGCAAUACUGCUCUUGGCUUCGUUGGUACCUGUCUGUCUUGGCCAUUGAUGCUGAAGUUCGGCCGUCGAACAAUCUACAGCUGUGGCAUGAUCGUUAUGACAACCAUUCUCUUUACUAUUGGAUUUCUUGACAUCCCAAAACAUAGCACGGGAGCGAUCUGGGCUCAGGCGACUCUCAUGGACAUCUGGACGUUCGUCUACCAAAUGACCGUGGGUCCAAUUUGCUUCGUCCUGAUUUGCGAAGUUUCGUCUACUCGACUUCGUGGUCGCACUAUUGCUAUCGCCACAGCUGUACAAUCGCUGUUUGGUAUUGUCUUUACCAUCGGUAUGCCAUAUAUGCUCAGCAGUGAGGAAGGCAACUGGAAAGGAAAGGCGGGAUAUCUGUUCGGAGCUAUAAGUGCAGCUUGUCUGGUUUGGUGCUGGUUCCGGCUGCCCGAAACCUCAGGGAGAACUUUCCAGGAACUCGACAUCAUUUUCGAACACAAGAUCAGUGCACGCAAGUUCGCAAGCUACAGAGUUUUGCAAGAAGUGCACGUGUUGCCCGAGACCAAAGAAAUAUAUGCACAGGACGGAUAG